AUGAAGCUGGAUGCCAGCUGUGGCGCAACCACUGCAGAGGUCCCUAAACCAGAAACGGAGGCUGCACCAGAUGCAGAGCCGAGCUCCAAGACCUGGCCAUGAGAGGCAGGGGCCAAGUCCAGAGGGCUUGAGGCUGAGGCCGAGCCUCUGUCUGAAUCAGGGCCUGAGACUGAGGCCCAGCCAUUGGACUUCGUGGUGGCCACAGAACGGGAGUUUGAGGAGGUGCUGGCCAUUUCAGGGGGCAUCUACGGUGGCCUCGACUACCUUCCCAGCCGCUACCACAGCUGGCUCCAGGAUCCCGACCAUACGGUGGUGCUGGCCAAGCGCAACGGAGGAGUGAUCGCGCUGGAGUCGGUGAACGUGAUCGACGCCGGGGAGACUGCGCUGGUGGAGGGGCUGCGCGUGGCGCCCCGGGAGCGCGGCAAGGGCGUGGCCGGGCUGCUGCAGCGCUUCUGCUCGCAGCUGGUCAAGCGACAGCACCCGGGGGUCAAGGUGGCACGGCUCACCCGGGACGACCAGCUGGGCCCCCGGGAGCUGAAGAAAUACCGCCUAAUCACCAAGCAGGGCAUCCUUUUGGUCCGAUUCAACGCGUCCGCACUACUGGCUGGGCUGGGCGCGCGGCUGGCAGCGCUGCGGAUCGGCACGUUCUCGCCACUGCCCACCGAGGCUGUGUCCGAGGCAGGCGGCGACGUGGCACGCCUCUUGCUGUCGCCCUCCGUGCAGCGUGACGUGCUUCCGGGUGGGACCAUCAUCCAGGACUGGCAGCCCUACCGGCCAAGCGAGAGCAACCUGCGCCUGCUGGCGGCCAAGGGCCUGGAGUGGCGCGUGGACAGCCGCGCGCGCCCGCGCGUGCUCACGCUGUGCACGCGCCCCUUCCCCAUCCCGCAUGGCGGCGACGGCACUUGGCGCUAACUAAACAUCGACGCCUUUGGCAGCGAUGGCGCGCAGGUGCAGAGCCAGCUGUUGUGGCACCUGCAGCGCCAGGCCCCGCGCCUCGCCGGCCUCAACGUCAUGUGCCAGCUCUUCCUGGCGCCCCAGCUGUGGUCACAGCUGGCUGAUUUCUGCCAGGUCGGCCUGGGGCUAGAACUGGUCGGGGGUUACACUGAACAGUACCUGCUGGAGGCCGACAUCUGA